AUGUCACAUUACAUCGGAGUAGACGUCGGUACAGGCUCGGCCAGAGCUUGUCUCAUGAACGCGGAGGGCGAAAUCGUGUCGUUGGCCUCCAGAAACAUCACCAAGUGGGAACCCAUCCCCGACUACAUCAACCAGAGCAGCACUGAAAUCUGGGAGUCUGUGUGUUUCUGCACAAAGAAGGUGAUUGAGGACAGUGGAGUGGACCCUUCCCAGGUCAAGGGUAUCGGUUUUGAUGCCACCUGUUCCUUGGUGGUGCUGGAUGAAGACAAUAAGCCCGUUGCCGUGGGGCCCGACUUCCACGACUCACACCAGAACAUUCUGCUGUGGAUGGACCACCGAGCUGGAAAGCAAACCAAGAAGAUCAACAAGUCCGGCUUCAAGCUCCUGAACUACGUGGGAGGACGAAUGAGCGUGGAGAUGGAGAUCCCCAAGAUCUUGUGGCUCAAGGAUAACAUGCCCGAGGACGUGUUCGACAAGUGCAAGUUCUAUGAUCUUCCCGACUACCUCACUCAUCAGGCCACUGGCCAGGAGACCCGAUCCUUCUGUUCCAUCACCUGCAAGCAGGGCUUCGAGCCUGUGGGUGUUGAUGGCUCCACCGAGGGCUGGAACCGAGACUUCCUUACUGCUAUCGGACUUCCCGAGCUGAUCGAGAACGACUUUGCCAAGCUCGGAGGCUCUUUCAAGGAGCACGGAAAGAACAUCUUGUCCGCUGGUGAUGCCAUUGGCCCUCUUAGCGAGGAAUCAGCCAAGGAGCUGGGCCUCACCACAUCCACCAUUGUGGGAUCAGCUGUGAUUGAUGCUUACGCAGGCUGGAUCGGAACUGUGGCAGCAAAGACUGACAUUCUCAAGGAGUCGCACCCCUCUUACACCGAGUCCAUUGAGCUCGCCACCCAUCGACUUGCCGCCGUCGCAGGCACCUCCACCUGCCACCUCGUCAUGUCCAAGGAGCCCAUUUUUGUGCCUGGUGUUUGGGGACCUUACAGAGACGUUCUCGAGAAGGGCUACUGGCUCGCCGAGGGUGGCCAGUCCGCCACUGGAGAGCUUCUCCAUCACAUUCUCACAUCUCACCCAGCUCAUCUGGAGCUGGUGGCUAAAGCUGGAGAGGCCGGUAUUUCCACCUUUGACUGGCUUAAUAACCGACUCGAAGAGAUGAAGCUUGAGAAAAACGCCGGAUCGCUCUUGUAUCUCACACGAAACAUGUUCUUCUACGGAGAUCUUCACGGCAACAGAUCCCCUAUUGCCGACUCUUCCAUGAAGGGUGCCUUUAUUGGUCUUGAUUUCGAUGUUUCCCUCGAUAACCUGGCCCUGCACUACCUGUGUGCAGUGGAGUUUAUUGCCCAGCAGACCCGCCAGAUUGUGGAGGCCCUCAAUAACGCCGGUCACAAGGUUAACCAGAUUUACCUGUCUGGAGGCCAGUGCCGAAACCACGUCUUGACGCAGAUCAUGAGUUCUGCUACUGGCUAUCCUCUCAUUAUCCCAAAGUACAUUGAUGCAGCUGUUGUGCUCGGAUCGGCGAUGCUUGGAGCUCGAGCUGCUCAUAAGAAGGAUCUCUGGGAAAUCAUGGGCGAGCUGUCCGGACCUGGUAAGGCCAUUUAUCCCGAGACUGACUCUCUCGAUAAGAAGAUCUUGAACGCUAAAUACGCCAUCUUCUUGGAUCAGGCGGAGACCCAGCAAAAGUAUAGAAAGCAGGUUGCCAAGGCCUUAGGAGAGGAUGAGGACGAUGAAGAUAUUGAGAAGAAGAAGCAGAAGACUACUUAG